AAAAUCUCACUUCCUUUACUACCUGUCGACUGUCGUCGUCUCUGCAGUUUCCUUCCCCUCCUUCCACUCUGCAACAACCUACUUCUGUAAUCUCCACUUCUCCUUCCACUUGGAAGUAGAGAGACGAAGAGAGAGGGAUAUGAUUCUCUCGGCCCUGCUCACUUCAGUUGGAAUCAAUCUCGGCCUCUGUUUCUUGUUCUUCACUCUCUACUCCGUGCUCCGGAAGCAGCCAUGGAACAGCGCCGUCUACGCUCCACGCCAGAUCGCUAAGCAAAGACGAAAAUCUCAGAACGGCGGCGACGAGGAGGAGGAGGAGGAUGGUUUCUUCAACUUCGACAUGCUGUUGCCUUCCGCUGGCUGGGUGCGACGCGCGUGGCAGGUCUCCGAGGACGAGUUGCUCUGCCGCUCCGGCCUCGAUGCUGUUGUUUUCAUACGCAUUUUCGUCUUCAGCUCGAGAGUGUUCGCGAUCGGCGGGGCGAUUGGGAUUUUCGUUCUCCUUCCGGUGAACUACUUGGGGAAUCAAUUGAGUAUCGACUUCUAUGAUUUGCCGAACAAGAAUCUGGAAACUUUCAGUAUAUCGAAUGUUAAUGAUGGAUCAAACUGGUUAUGGGUUCACUUUUCGGCUGCCUACAUCUUUACUGGAGUUGUCUGCUACCUUCUUUAUUAUGAGUAUAACCACAUCUCCCUGAGAAGGAUUGCUUCUUUUCACUCGUCUCCACCUCAGCCACGUCACUAUACGAUUGUUGUCCGUGGUAUACCAUCUUCUGAAGGAAGAAGCUUUAGUGAAGCUGUCCAGGCGUUUUUUACUGAUAAUCAUCCAUCUACAUAUCUUUCGCACAUGGUGGUUCAUCGUACGAGCAAAAUUCGAAGUCUCAUUGUAAGCUUUUUGGGGUGGACUGCAGAUUGAUUCAUUAGAAAUGAGGCUACGAAAGAUGCAGAGAAACUAUACAGAACUCUUGCCCGGGCGAAAUCACAGAGUUCGCAGCAAAUAAAUAAAAAAGAUAGGUUAUUGGGCCUCUUCCAGGGCAGGGAUACUGAUGUCAGCCAUUAUGAGCAAAAGUUGGAAGAUUUGGAGAGAAAUGUGAGAACAGAACAGCAUUCUUUGACUGGGGGGUUGCCUAAAACCAGCGUUGAAGUUCCAGCUGCUUUUGUGUCAUUCAAGUCACGAUUUGGUGCUGCAGUAGCUCUUCAUAUGCAACAAGGUCUCGAUCCCACAGAGUGGCUCACAGAGGAAGCUCCUGAGCCUCGUGACAUCCAUUGGUCGUCCUUUUCUUCUUCAUUCAUGAAAAGAUGGAUUAGCAGGAUAGUUGUCGUGGUUGCGUGUGUUGCCCUCACAAUUCUCUUCCUUAUUCCAGUUGUUUUAGUGCAAGGUCUGGCUAAUCUGGAGCAGCUGGAAACUUGGUUUCCUUUCCUGAAAGGCAUUCUAGAUCUGACCAUUGUCAGCCAAAUCGUUACUGGAUAUUUACCAAGUCUCAUUCUGCAGCUGUUCCUGUAUCUGGUGCCACCUGUUAUGUUAAUGUUGUCCUCAAUGGAGGGAUACCUUUCAUCUAGCAGCACGGAAAAAAGCGCAUGUACUAAGGUUUUGUGGUUUACAAUAUGGAACAUCUUUUUUGCAAAUGUACUAUCAGGUUCAGCUUUCUAUCAGGUGAAUAUCUUCCUUGAGCCGAAGAAUAUUCCCAAAAUACUAGCUGAAGCUGUUCCAGGUCAGGCAACCUUCUUUAUCUCAUACGUCGUAACAUCUGGAUGGACGAAAUUAUCAUCUGAAAUCUCUCAGCUGACUUCUCUGCUCUGGAGUUAUGUGACUGGAGUGUUUUCCAGUAAUGACGAUGAGGAAAUCGAGGUCCCAAAGCUGCCCUACCACAGCGAAAUUCCGAGAAUCCUUUUCUUUGGACUCCUGGGCACAACAUACUUCUUCCUCGCACCAUUAAUCCUUCCAUUUCUCUUGAUCUACUUCUGCAUUGGAUACAUCACCUUCCGCAACCAGCUACUAAACGUAUAUGAACCGAAGUACGAAACUAAUGGAAGGUUUUGGCCAAUAGUACAUGGUUCCACAAUCUUCUCCUUGAUCCUGAUGCAUGUUAUUGCCAUUGGAAUAUUUGGGCUGAAGAAGCUUCCUUUAGCAUCCACUUUAACUGUGCCGCUCCCCAUUCUCACACUUCUCUUCAAUGAGUACUGCCGCAGACGAUUCGUACCCCUAUUUCAAUACUAUCCAACCGAGAGUAUCGUGAAAAAAGAUAAAGAAGACCAAAAUCGGCCGAACAUGGCUGAGUUCUACGAUAAAUUAGUUACCGCAUACCGUGAUCCAGCAUUGUUGCCAGUUCAGUAUGCCAGGAACAACAGCAGCCUCAGUUCUCCCCUUCUACAAUCACAAGUUUGAAGCCAGGUUCUUGAUAUUGUGUGCUGACGUGUAUUCUAAAGUAUCAUGCUGGGUCGACAUCUACCCAUUGUUGUUCUAUAUUGCGUUUGGGAAAUAAGGAAGCGAUUGUGGUGUGUUUUGUUCUGUAAAUUGCAGCAUCAACUAACAUCUACUAUGUUCAGUCAACGCAUCCAUUUGGUAGGCAAAGAAAUCACAUUAACAAACCAUAGAAGGAAAAAGAAGAGAACAUUCCUAUGUGAUUCGGGCAAAAACUGUCACGGCCAAACUAAGUUAUUUACCCUUAUUUCUUUCAUCAAAAGAGAACUCAAUGCAUAGCAUAGCAUGUCCAAUUUAACAAUGAAGAACUUAUAAAAACGAGCAAAAAAAAAAAACAGUGAAGAACUCAGACGUCUGCCAUACUGCAUGCACCUGCCAACGUCUACUGCGCACUAGUGCUUAAAAUUCUGCAACCAAAUAUCAGAAUGAUCGAUGCUGUCAUCAUUCCUCCGACGAUUCUGCUUCCGAGGUCUCGGUCCUUAUGUCAUCGUCACGUGUCUCAUAAUCCUCGGCCGGGAAGGUUUUGACCUGACUUUCUAAGCAGAGAACUGCUUCGAACUUGGACGCAUUAGUAAAACCAGGAAUGGGAACAACCUCAACCCUCCCAUUCCUUGGAUCAACCCAGGUAAGCCCACUACCAUUUACCAGCAUUAGAAUCUGGCCAUCCAACAUUCCCAAACAUCGAACCACUUGAGGAGGUUGAUCGAAAACAGGAUUAUCAACUACAGAAUGGAGAAUGCACCAUGAAUCCUCAUUCCCGUACUCUUUCAUCACCCAAACAUCAAGCUUUCCCCCACCCACAGCACUCCC